CUUAUUCCGGAAGUGGGGAGAACCGCGGUCGGAGCAGCGGCGCGGUUCGCCCGCCCGCCCGCCUCCGUCAUGUCGACGAUGGUUUUCGGGGCGAAGAGCUUCAAGCCGAAGCCGCCGGACAAAGGCGCCUUCCCCUUGGAUCAUUUCGGUGAAUGUACGGCUUUCAAAGAAAAAUUCAUGAAGUGUCUGCAGGCAAAUCACUUUGAGAACGGAUUGUGCAGACAGGAGUCGAAGGAAUACUUAGAAUGCCGAAUGGAGAGGCAACUGAUGGCCAAAGAGCCGCUGGAAAAACUGGGAUUUAAAGACCUAAAGGAAGAGAAAUCCGAAGGCCAACCCGAGAAAGUGCAACCAAAUCGCUCCUAACUCACGUUUCCCCCCGGAAUCUGCAGUCCUACGUACCAGACAUUGUUUUGCUUUUCAUUUUAAGACAAAGUUAUUCUUGAAAAACGUCACAGAAAUUCACCAGAUAACAGAUUUGUACACAUUCACUCAGAAUGAUGGCAGGUUUUGUUUUCCAGAUGACCCCAUACAGCUUUUGGGUGGUUUUUCCCUUAAAAAGGAAAAGAAGAUUGCAGUGCCUUUGGGUAGUAUGUUUGAACUCGUGUUGAAACUGGGAUUAGGAUAUUAAAAACUUAAGCCAUAA